AUGAUCUGUCCUCAACAGGAUGGAGUAGGCCCAUGGCCUGAGCCAGAUGCUCUCCCACAGUUCGUCCAUCAUCAGCGAGGGGAGACUCAAAAGGGCAGAAUAGUUCAGGAGCACAUUGCUCUAAAUGUGGGCUCCAGUGUCUAUGGAGAACCCCCUCUCCCCAAAAAUCUCUGCCUCAUCAGAAAAGAACCCAGACCAGCCCCAAGUCCAGAAGAGAGUCUGCCAUGGGACGUCCCACAAGGACCACUGAAAUUACAGAUCAGAGUGAGUGGCCAGAGGGGUAGUUUGGGGAUUAGCAUUGCUGGUGGAAAAGGCUCUUUGCCCUACAAACAACAGGAUGAAGGCAUUUUCAUUUCCAGAGUGACAGAAGGAGGGCCCUCAGAAAAGGCAGGGGUCCAUGUUGGAGACCGACUCCUUGAGGUCAACGGACUCAGCAUGCAAGAGGCCACCCACCAGCACGCGGUCAGCGCCCUGAGGAAUGCUGGGAGCUCCAUCCGGAUCAAGGUGCUCAGAGACCCGCUGACCCCCCGGGAAGAGGCCCUAGAUGUACAGGUCAACCCGGGCAAACUGUUAAACCGCCAGGAAGCCCCGGCCAACGGGGGGAAGGCGCACAAAACGCACAGCACGCACAACUGUUUGUCCAACAAGAUCGAGGCGGUGCUCUGUAAUGGAAACGGAGUGGUUGAUUUGAAAAAAGACAUACGCUUGACUGAAAUAAAGAAAGAACCUCCAACCAAUGAAGAUUCACACCUGGAGAAACACACAAUGCCAAUCCCGCGGAUCAUCCUCACUCAUCCCUCUACGUCAGAUGAAGAUGUGGAGCUGCUGACACGGAGCCCGGGCACAGAGCAGUCCUUUGCCUUUGACAUUUGUGAGCACGUCCCUGACUGUUUCGACAACGCUUUUUACCCACCUUGA